UUCUACCACUAGGAGAGGGGUAGUAAGUUGGCCUGUCUCCUGAUCAUUCAUUUCCUGGGUUUUCUGUGGAUGUUUGGACGAGAGGGACUCAGUAAAGGUUUAAUACUCGAACACAGGCUCUAGACGUUCAUUGCAUAACAAGUGUUGGUAGCUGUGUGGGUGCUGGGUGAGCUGGAUGUGAAAUAAUUCAAAUAUUUAUUUGUAUUUUGAUAAAUGAACGCCAAGAUGUCCUUAGGAAAACCAUUUCAUUGUAUCCUUCGAAGAUCUAUGCAGAGGUUUACCGGAAACUCGAUACAGAUUCGGAGUCUAUCACGGGUUCAAAAUUCCAGUUUGAUUCCUCAAUCUGUUCUAACACAGCAAACGAACUUUACUCGAGUUGUAUUACCUGCUUCCAAGCCUCUAGUAGCUGUCAGCCGAUACAACAGCACUUUGCCUUCCCCGAAAGACAUUGAAAAGAACUCUAGGAGUGUAUUUGUGGGAGGUUUAGCGUCUGGAACUGACGAGGAAGGGUUGAAGGAUUACUUUGAACAGUUUGGCGAGGUAGAGAGUGUGCGAAUCAUGAGGACUUUCUUGGGAUAUUCAAGAAAUUAUGGUUUUGUUCUUUUCAAGGAUGACGGUCCGUCUAAGGAGGUUUUAAAGAAAAGCCAUGUUAUCAAUGGGAAGACGGUUGAUGUGGGGAAAUCUAGGAAUUUCCGUGUGAUUUAUGUGGGGGGUUUGCCUUCUCAUUUCACUGAACAAACCGUCAGGGAGCACUUUAAGAAAUUUGGGGUGAUCGAGGCUGUGAAGUUUAUUGAAAAUACGAGUGUGGGUGCAAAGACAGGAUAUGCAUUCGUCACAUUCUCUUCAUCCGAAGAGGCAGCGAAGGCCAAGGUGGAAGAAGACCAGGAAAUACUUGGAUGCCCGGUGACAGUAAGAGCAAGGUCUGGAAAAGAAUCAAACGAGGACCUUAUGGCUAAGGUUAUACAGUCCAAAAAACUAAUGGUCCAGGACCUUGAUUUUGACACAACCGUUGAUGAAUUGAGAGAGUAUUUUGAAAAAUGUGGGGAGCUAACCGGAAUUGACUUGCUGAUAAAUUCAGAAAAGAGAACAUGUGCUGCUAUUGUUUUCUUUAGAAAUCUCAAAGAUAUUAAGAAAGUUGUGGAGGAAAACCACACAAUUAAGGGUUUAAAGGUGAGAACAGUUCAACUCCCAAAUGAAGAAAAGCAAGGCGUCAGAGAGAGAACAUUGUUUGUUGAUAAUCUAUCAGAAGAUACGAAAGAGCUUGAUGUUUUGCGCUAUUUUAGGCCAUAUGGUCAGGUUGCCAAGGUUCAUAUUCUUACUGACCGCGAGACUGGUAAGAGUAAAGGUUGUGGUGUUGUUAAACUGCGCCACCCUGGAACAGUUAAUAAGAUCCUGGAGGAACCAGUUCAUGUUAUAGGCAAGUCGCAAGUUAGGCUUAGACGUCGGGGACUCAAGAUACGACCAACCCGUAACACUGAUGAUCUUAGUCUUAUGAACUUUUCAUUGUCCUUGGGCGACAAGAGAUGAGAAAGGAAAACCACAAUCAAAGAACUUGCUAGUAUAGUUUUUAUUUUCUCUGAUUUUGUGUAAAAUGAAACAUUUUAUUUGGAAAUAGAAUAGUCAUGUUUGAAGCCCUCCUCAAGAUUCAUAUGUAGUUCAACAUCAUUUCCCUCCAUAAUGUAUGAUUGUAUCUACUUUUGUUUAUAUUAUAAAGUAUUGAAGAUGUGGUUGUAA